CGACCAAACAAGGCGAGGUCUAUUUAAAAAGAAGAUGAAUGGUUAAUUUCUUCAUACGUGCCUCCGCCGCUUCCUCCGCCUCCGCCUCCACCUCCACCUCCACCUUCACCUUCGCCCCGCGCCCAUGCCUACCUCUCUCUCUGUACCAUUUCUUAUCAGAUUGGUUAUAUCGAAAGAAGAGGAAGAGCUCAGUAGUCCAUAAUUGCUGCUUCCAAAGGAAGACUUGCUUCUUGUAGAACCCAUUUGAGUUGCCUUUUGAAGAAGAGUAGUGGCGGAAAUGGGUGCAGCUGGCUUUGAUUGCUUGUUUUGAUGAAUAUCGGAGUACAGAGGAGUCCAUGAAUCCGCCAUGUUAGGUCCCUUCUUACCACCUUCUUCUUCCUUUAAUCCAUGCGGUAGUCCUGGUAAUGUUAAAUUACCGAAAUUGCGUAAUCUCAUUUAAUCUUUUCAGAUUGUAGGAUUUGUGGGUUGCAUUUGUGACAGAUUAUGUAACAGGGACAAGAAGAUGCAGCCCAAUUUCUGUCCCACAUCACCUUCGUUGCCCUCCCUUCAUGGGAUGUCUCCUUUCUUUUUGGUUUGCUCAAGUCGCCCCAAAGGCAGCCUAUUGCACAAGUACUCUACUAGUCCCUGUAAUGUUAUGCGAAACAAUGAUGUGAAGGAGGUUAAUGUAAUAACAAUGAAGAAUAAUAAAUCCAUUACUAGGCCAACGAAUGAGUCCACAAGUGGAGAAGAACCCUCUACUGAAUCAUACAACUGCUGCAUUUGUGACUGUUGCAAAGUUGGGAAUAUUGAUGAGGCCAUGACUCUUCUAGCUCAAAUGGAGUCUCUGGGUUGUCGUCCCAAUUCCUCAUCGUACACUUUUUUGAUUGAAGCUCUAUUGAAUGUUGGCAGGACUUUGGAAGCUGAUGCUUUAUUUCAAGAGAUGUUAUGUUUCGGGUUGAAGCCAAGACUAAAAUUGUACAACAUAUUGCUUCGGGGGUUUUUGAAGAAAGGCCUCUUAGGGCUUGCAGACAGGGUUUUAAGGAUAAUGGAAGAAAUGGGUAUUUGUAGAAAUCAAGAAACUUAUGAGAUCCUUUUGGAUUGCAAUGUCAAUGCUGGGCGGUUAGGAGAUACUUGGUCCUUAAUCAAUGAAAUGAAGCGGAAGGGUUUUCAGCUUAAUUCAUUUGUCUACAGUAAGGUUAUUGGUCUUUAUAGAGAUAAUGGGAUGUGGAAGAAAGCUAUAGGCAUCAUUGAAGAGAUCAGGGAGAUGGGGAUUCCACUUGACAAGCAUAUUUAUAACAGCAUUAUUGAUACCUUUGGGAAGUGUGGUAAGCUGGAUGAAGCCUUAGAAGUGUUUUCAGAUAUGCAAGAACAGGGUAUAAGGCCUGAUAUCGUGACUUGGAAUUAUUUAAUCCAUUGGCAUUGUAAAUCUGGAAAGCUCAGUAAAGCUCUUCAUUUGUUUGCUAAGAUGCAAGAAAAGGGGUUCCAUCCUGAUCCUAAGAUCUUCGUCACCAUUAUUGGUGGCUUGGCAGAGCAGGGAAAGUGGGACACUAUAAAGGAAAACUUUGAGAUUAUGAAAUCAUGGGGCCAUAAUGAAAGCUUGGUCAUUUAUGCGAUCCUUGUUGAUAUUUACGGGCAAUAUGGUAAAUUUCAGGAUGCUGAAGAGUGCAUAUCUGCUUUAACGUCAGAAGGCAUUCAACCUUCUGCUAGCAUGUUUUGCGCAUUAGCAAAUGCUUAUGCUCAGCAGGGUUUAUGUGAUCAGACAGUGAAGGUGCUUCAGCUUAUGGAAGCGGAAGGAAUUGAACCAAAUCUCAUAAUGCUGAAUGUAUUGAUCAAUGCUUUUGGUGUUGCUGGGAGACAUAUAGAGGCAUUAACUAUUUAUCAACAUAUGAAAGAAAAUGGCAUUAGUCCUGAUGUGGUUACAUACAGUACACUUAUGAAGGCUUUUAUCCGAGCAAGGAAGUUUGAUAAGGUUCCUCAAAUAUACAAUGAAAUGGAAUCUUCUGGAUGCACUCCAGAUUGGAAGGCUAGACAGAUGUUACAGACUGCACUAAUGGUACUUGAACGGAGGCACUGAAGCCAGAUUGAUGGUGCUGAAGCUGAGGUGUUAUUUUUUUUUCCUGUCCCUGUCAAUCUUAUCAUUGGCCAUCGUAUAUAUCUUGCUUUUGCUUUGUUCAUUUUCAGUUAUAAGGCCUUCACCUGGCUUUAAAUAUGUGCCCAACUGAAUUCUCUUUGUGUUUACUGAUUUGAAACUUCCUGGUGGUCUAUGAAGUGGUAGAGAGAAGCAGCCUUCUGAAUAGUCAUAUUGUUGUCAAAUAUUACAUCUAAGGUGGAAACAGAGCAUCAUGGUUGAAGCAUCCUCUGGCUCAGUAAUGUCUGCUGCAAUCAUCUAUCCCCAAAAUCCCAAUUAUAGAUUUCUGCUCCAAAAGCUUUUUGUACAUUCAAAUUUCAACUUUAGGCAAGAUGCUGAAAUCUCCUUACCUCAGUCAAAAUAAUAGUUCAUAUCU